AUGUUGACGUCUCUCGGACUGAUUGGGGCAAUUGCUGCCAUUCUCCCAGGCACAUUGGCAUGUGGCCACGAUGAUUGCUACGGACCGAUUGACAAGGUUGAAAACGUUCGUCACGUCAAGCGCAUGCAGCCCGGCGCUCCCAACGCCACAUAUGGGCCAAAAGCACCCCUCGAAUGGGGCCAAGUCAAUUUCCUCCAUACCACCGAUACCCACGGCUGGCUCCAAGGUCAUUUGAAGGAGCCAAACUAUGGUGCUGACUGGGGUGACUUUGUCACUUUUAGCCGCCGCAUGAAGCAGACAGCCGAAAACAUGGGAGUUGACCUGCUUCUUGUUGACACUGGCGAUCUUCACGACGGCACUGGUCUGUCGGACGCUACUAAAGAGGAUGGCGCCAAGUCGAUGCCCAUUUUCGACGAAAUCGAGUACGAUUUGUUGACAAUUGGCAAUCACGAGCUCUACGUCAGCGAGGUCGCAUACCAGAUGUUUGACGACUACUCCAAGAAAUGGGGAGACCGCUAUGUCACGUCCAACGUAAAAGUUCUCAACCAGAAGACGGGCAAAUUUGAGUUUGUGGGCGCCACACACCGUUACUUUACUACACCAAAUGGAUUACGCAUCAUGGCUUUCGGUGUUCUCUUUGACUUUACUGGAAACUCCAACGUCUCACAAGUCAUCAAGGCCAAGGACAUGGUGAAGGAAAGCUGGUUCACUGAAGCGCUUGCCAGCAGGAUGCCUGUCGACCUUUUCGUUCUCUUUGGCCACAAUCCCGUCCGCGCUACCGACACUUACAGCACCUUCAAGGUCGUGUUCGACGCCAUCCGUGCUUCGCAUCCGAAGACCCCCGUCCAGUUACUCGGCGGACACAGCCACAUCCGAGACUUCGCCGUCUAUGAUGACAACGCCGUUGGCAUCGAGUCCGGCCGGUACUGCGAGACGCUAGGCUGGAUGUCUGUCUCUGGAUUUGACUUAUCCAACAGCGGAUUUCAUGGAGUCAAGAACCCUCACGGAGUGCCCAACCCUUCUCGACCUGCCAGAGAAGGCGCCAAGUCACCCUUUGUCUAUUCCAGACGAUACUUGGACUGGAAUCGAAAAACCUUCCUCUACCAUUCCAAACAAUUUGAUAGGACGUACGACUAUCACUCUGGCUUGCGUGUCACGAACGACAUCGCCAAGGAGCGUGAGGAGCUCAAGCUCGGCCAAGUGCACGGGUGUGCGCCAAAAGACUACUGCAUCGACUGUGCCCCCUUCACCGAUGACAGGAACAUCUUCCCCGGGGUGAUUUACCCUGCCGUCUCGGCCAUUGUUUUGAACGAGACCCGCAAGGACAAGGCUCGCAUUAUCCUGGGUAACACUGGCGCGAUCAGGUUUGACGUGCACAAGGGAUCCUUUACUUUUGAUGACAACUUCAUUGUCUCGCCGUUUAGAGAUGCAUUUUUUUACAUUGCCGACGUGCCUUUUGACAAGGCAUCCAAGGUAAUCGGCCAACUCAACAAGAGAGUUGUGGACAAGCGUUUUGCUUCGAUGCUCGUCGCGAAUGAUGAAUGCACCAACCCGACACUCGGAUCCAUGAGCCGUCGUGAUAUGCGUGAACCUCGAGGCAUUGUCCGUCGACAAGAAGUUGUCGUUCCCGGUUACAACACCAAGGACGACUGGGGCACUGAUGGCGAUGACACGGAGCACUCUGAGAUUCCUAGCUUCAGGAUUCCCGGAUACUGGGAGGCGCGCGCAUCGUUCCCUAAAGACGGCAGCAAUCCCGACAAGGUUGACUUGAUUUUCUUUGACUUUAUUCAGCGCCGCGUCCUUGCAGACCUCGGUGCUGGUUUUACCGCGGACAUGGUCCACUGCUACAUCAACUGUAGCUUUACGUCGCAGGAUUUUCUGUUGCCGUAUGCCAAGCUUGCGUGGCAGGAUGAUGUAGAUAACUGCCCCAUUUGA